GCGUAAACUUGCGAGCACGUUAGUUUUGACAUAUGCGUACGGCGGGUUGCGUGUUGCGGCGUAAACAGAAACUAACCUUAAAUUCGAAAUUGGCGCCAUUUUACCGAUAAUGCAGUACGCGCUGUGAAAAUGUUGUUGAUACCUAACCUAUUAAUUUAAUAUUAACGGGAAAAUGUUUUUGCGUCUCCAGUAAAAUGGUGACUUUACAAUUGUUUAAUUGUAAGAACAAAUAAUUGGCCCGGUAUCCUGUAUUAUGGAUGUACGUGACUUCUUCAGAUGGAAACGUCAAAUUGAAGUGCAAAAUGUAAUAUCAACAUAUCUGCACAGGAGGAAUUAUCCAUCUGUUUGCCCUCUGGAAGUGUCCGGUACGGAAUUACUGACGCAUUCCGCAGUGGAGAGUGGAGCCUCACGUCCAAAUUCAAUUUUAUACAGCUGCUGUAACAGUGACCCGAUUGUGAUAGACCAGAAUUUCAGUAAGUUCAUAUCAUGGCUGAAAGAACUCACAAAACAGAAAAACAAUCAUUAUGACAUAGAAUACAUAGUGGGGCCUUUAUUUUGUCAUCUGUACCUGGACAUUCUACAUGGAGGAAAUUCUGAACGAGCUGCUGCUUUCUUCAAAUGCCACCUACCUUCUGUAGACAAGUUAAAAUGUGAUAUAGUUGUUAAAGAUUUAAUAAGCAGUUUAGCCAGCGACAAAGAUACGUCAAUUCUACAGAGAUUUAGAUCAAAUAAGUACCUAGUGGACCUUUACAAGGAGUCAUAUCUACUUUUAAGGAAGUUUGUAGGUGAAAAUUGCCAUGUCGUAUUCCUGGAAGUUUUACAGACUUACUUUGAAAUUAAAGUGGUGGAAGAAGUGCAAAAUGAAACCGGUGAAGAACAAAUCAAUUCCAAAAGGAAAAUGAAUGAUGUACAUGUAAAUUCUAGUAGACUUAGUAAUAUAAUAAAACAAUUAAACAGUGAAUCUAGCCCAAUAUUCAAUAUUAACAUAAGCAAUACAAAACAGCUAAUAAGUAGUGGAUUAAUGAAAAGACAAUCUGGAUUGAUGGCUUUUGCUGAAAACAAUCACGUCAUUCUGAAGCCUAUACAUAGUUUUGAUAGUAUACUAAAUAACAAAGAAUAUGGUGAUAUUAAGCUAACUGGUCACUCAGGUCAUGUAUAUACCAUGGAUUUAGCAAAUAAUAAUACUUUUUUAUGCACUGGUUCUUCAGACACAAAGUUAUGUAUAUAUGAUGUAACAAAUUUUAACAUUAGUCAUAUUUGCAAUGGGCAUGUGGGCCCCAUUUACUGCACAAAAAUUAGUACAAAUGGUGAAUAUGUAGUCUCUGGGUCUCAAGAUACAACUGCCAGAUUGUGGAGCACCAAAACAGGAAAGCCUAUAAGGGUUUUUGUUGGUCACACACAAUCGAUUACCUCAAUAGAUUUCCAUCCAAACAGUUUAUACAUCGCCACCGGCUCGGCCGACAAAAACGUAAGGUUGUGGAGUGUGGAAAACGGAAAUCCAUUGAGACUGUUCAGUGGUGCCAAAGGUACAAUAUACUCAGUAAUGUUCAACCCUAAAGGACAUUGCCUAGCUACAUCCAGUGAAGACAAACGGAUUCGAAUUUGGGACCUAGUUACUUCGAAGUUAUUGGUAGAAUUACAAUGCUAUCACGAACCAGUUCUGAAAUUGUUGUGGAGUACAGAUGGAAAGCUACUGUGUGGAGGCUCCUGUAAUGGCAUCAUUUACAUCUGGGACUUUGGCAAAAUGGAAGAGAAUCUAGAAGAAAGCUUUUACGAUCCAAUUACAACAAAAUAUAUUAAUAAUCGACUAAUAGGACUAGAAUAUGCCUUCGGUACCUUUGGGGCACUUACAACCACCUCUUAAUAUUGUGAUUCAGACAUGUUAUUUAUUGUUUUUGUAAUUAAGACUUGCCAUUUUCAUAAACAAUUUUUUAACAAGCACAGCUUUGUCCCAGUGAUUGAAACUACUGCCACUUUCAAUAUACGUAAAACAAGAUUCCUAAAUGUAGAAUUUAUAAUGGCUUUUAGUUAUUGUGUUCAUUAAGUCAAUUAUUUCGUAUUGAUUAUGAUCUUUAGCAUAUUUAUGCAGAAAGUAUUUUAGGGCUUUUUAGACAUGCAUUUUUAUAAAAUGUAUCAAUUAUACUUUCUUAUUUAUUUCAAUUGUUACAUACCUCCCAUAUUUAUGUUAUAAAACAAGGUCCCCUUGUUAGGAUUUGCAUUUUUUUAAUUGUUAUUUAUUAGGGUGUAAAUACUUACAAUUUGAUGUAUUAUUUAUGUAUAUCUGACGAUGUUAAUAAUUGAUGUACAUACUGACAAGUUUUAACAAGUGGGGCGCACCGGUAAUUUUUGGUUAAGGUAGCAAAUAUUUUAUUGAAACCUUUAUAUUUAUUAUAAAAAAUAAACUUUUUUGUUUUUUAA